UCCAAUAUGCAUACGCGACAUGUAUAUCUGCAGUAUAUGGACAUUUUUAGGCUUUUUGCACAGCGCUUUUUAGGUUAUGCGUCAUGCGAUUACCCGACGAAUGUUUUGAAGAAUUGGCGUAAUUUCACGGAGAUAUUCGGCAUAAUCCUUCUACAACCGACUAACAAGCUAAAUGUAGCACAUCUCCUACUACAUAUAAAACAAUCGCAUUCUCGUGCAAAUAUCGGUUAAAUCUUCACGGUCCGAAAUGAUGACGCUACGUUUGUUUGACAGCCAGGAUUACUCGACCCUGGAUGCUGUCCCGAACGUGGGCACGGAGAAUGGCGAGAUGGACAGCUAUGAUUAUCUGAGAGAAUGCAUCGGCAGCCUCGAGAGUAAGAACUCUGAGGUUGGUCUGGUGGUCGCUCCCACAAGUGCCACAGACAUUGGUUUACAGGGAGACGACGGUCUGGACGAUGUUAAUUUGAAUAGCAUUGAUUUCAUGAAAAUUGAAAGCCUCCUCCUGCAAAAUGCCGAAGAGUCUGCAAAGAGCAAAGAGGGAAAGACGAAAGACCGAUCAACCGAUGUUAGUAUUUCACAUUCGAGUCAACAUUUCAACACGAUGAGCCUGAACUUUUCGAAUUUUUCAAAUUGCUCGAGCAAAGAAUCGAAUGAUGUAACAAUAACUGUUAAUAGUAAUGAAUUUUGUACAUCUGAUAAAGAUCAACAUUUAGAAAGAAAGAAAAUAGGGAACUACAACUGUUCUGUCGAACCUUACGCAGGAAAUAAUAUGGAUUCAAAUUCUAACAUCAACAAAGACGACGGUUGUAUAAAUCAAAGUAUCACAUCCGAAUUGAAACGUGAAAUAAAAAUCGGUAAUCUGGAGUUGUCAGAUGGAAACGAACAGAUGCAGAAGUGUGAGCAAUGCCUAAUGACAUUCAGAUAUAAAAGACAUUUGGAUCGUCAUUUGGAGGGUCAUCAGAAAAAUAAUUGUCCUCACUGUAACGACAAAUUCGCCAGACGAAAGCAUUUAGAAGUUCACUUGUUUCGCGCGCACGGAGAAAGGGUGGUCAGGCAUCCUCAUUUAUGCGACGUGUGCCCGAAAAGUUUUCCUAAACGUGCCCUUCUGAACCGUCAUCGAGCGAAGCACAGUUAUCAAGGCGGUAAGGUAUGUCCGGAAUGCGGAGAUAUGAUAAGCGCGGAUACAGACGAAAAGGAGCACGAGGAGAAAUACUGUAAGAAGAGGCGAUUCAAAUGCCAGCAAUGUUUCCAAACGUUCAGUAUCGAGCAGACGUAUCUGUACCACAUUCAGAAUCAUGACAAUUACAAGUGUCCACGCUGCGAUAUUACUUUCGCGUCGAAGAAGAAAGCGCACGAACACUUCAAGGUGGUUCACAGCCCAAAAUUAAGCGAGCAAGAUUCGACAAAUGGGCCAUAUUUUUGUGCCGAUUGUAGACACACGUUCGCAAAGAAAGACGACUAUUUUCGACACUUGGAGUCUGCGUUACAUCUUAAUAAAGUCAACAGGGAUGUACCUGUAAGGGCUAUAUUUUCCUGUGCGAUCUGUUCGAAAAGAUUGCUCACACAGAGAGCCCUGGAUCAACACAUCAGACGCAUUCACAAGGGCGCAAAGCGAUUCGCCUGUAAUAUAUAUGGGUGCACGUUUCAGUGUGCCAGAAGGACGGAUCUAGAUAGGCAUAAACAACUGCAUGUUGAAGAGCGGAAUAUCGUGUGCGAGCAUUGCGGCAAGACGUUUACCAGCGUUAGCAUUCUCAAGGAUCAUGUACUUUACAUUCACAGUAAGGAGCGACAAUUCAUCUGCGAAGAAUGUGGCAAAGCGUUUAAGAGAAACAGCUUACUGAAGAGACAUAAAUUGUCGCACGAGCAGCAUCGGCCGUUUGCCUGUAUGCAAUGUAGCACCGCAUUCAAACGCUCGCAUCACCUCACUCGUCACAUGGAAACCUGUCACAGAAUUACACUGGAAAAAAAGAAAAAGGUGGUAAAGCUCAUGAAAACAAAAGAUGGUCAUCUUGUGCCAGUACCAGAAAAACCAAACAGAUCAGAAACUAAUAAAAUAAAAACCGGAAAAGGAUGCGAAUCAAUUUCAAAGAAUAAAGAAAGAGAUUGCUCAGUCACAAAUGAAAAGAAACAGGCAGUUGAUUCGCAACUGCAAGUACAACCAUUAUUAAAUCCUGAAGAAAAUCCCGAAUGCCCUAACUUGUCGUUGGAACUUACAAAUUCAUCUACCGUCGAUUCUAUCCCACAAGUUCUUUCAUUAGUAGAUGUAAAUACGGGACAAGUGCUUACUGUAGAAAUCACCAAUAAUUUGGAAUUGUUACCUACUAAUGAACUCGUUGAUCAGUUUGAAGCAAAUUGCAAUGAAAUAUUGAAUUUACCGGAUUAUCAAGAUAUAGAAUUUCAAAGUAGUCUUUUGAACACUGAUCAAAUGUAUUGUGACAAUACAAGUUAUUCGGAGAUAUCAUUGGAAAAUAUUGAAGGCUCGUUUCCGCUUGUGAACAAUAAUAGUAAAAUGGAAACGAUAGAAAAUUAUUUAACUCAUGAAUUUCCAGCAUUUCUUAAUAUUUAAAGAUUUAUAUAGCAGAAUAUGUAUGUAUAUUGUUUAACUUUCAUUGCGGUUGCUUAAAUUUAAAAUAUCAUCGUAUUUUAUUAAAAUA